UUGAAAACCAGAAAAGCUCCGUUAAGCCCAGUCCAACGGCAGUGAUGAAUCCGGGCGGCGUGACGACGUGAACCAACGGAGGAAUAAUUGUCGGCGAGGGGCAAUGGCGCCGCCUGAGCGUUUGCAAGCGAGCCAGAGCCUGCAUCCUCCAUUUCUCACGCCAAGAUACUCUAUGUUUCAUGGUGUCUAGACUAGACUGAUUUAUUCAAUUGCCAUUCGCCUUAAUUUUUCAGUUUCUGCAUUCAAUUGUGGAGCCACUCGGCGGCGCUUGGGAUGCUCCGGCACCUCCGCGCGCGGCGGCGCCCGCGGUACGGCGCACACAUCUGCGCUCUUAUUGCUGCGCUUCUCCUCCUCCUUUCCGUUUCCCUUCUGUAUAGCCGCCUCUCUUUCUUCACUUCGAAUCUUUCACACCCCCUCCCUCUUCCACACGACAAUUCUCUUUCCUUUAACCCUCUUCUCGACGAUCUCGAUUCCGACUCUCUAACCACCUCCCUUUCCAACGACGAUCGCAUCGACGAGCUUGAUGAUGCGAUUCUAGAUAGCAAUAAUGAGGAAUUCCUUGCCGAGGAAGAAGACGAAGAUGCUAUUCAGAACCAGAACUCUGCUGUGACCUCCAAUUACUUCUUCGACCCCGUGGGCGGCGUCGUUCGUAGAUCUUUUAACCGACGCUCUAUUGAAGAAUGGGAAGAUUAUGUCCCCUUCAAUUUGAAGCUCACCUCAGAUUUAGGGUUUGGGAAUAAUGACUUGAAGCCAAUUUUCGGAUCGGACGAUGUUUUGGUGGACGAGAAAUUGCGGAAGAAAUUUAGUGACGUGAAGAAAAUCGAGGAUGCGUUGCUGUUGAAGGGAUCAGCAUUGAGGGAAGGUUGGGGGGAGUGGUUCGAUAAGAAGGGUGAUUUCUUAAGGAGGGAUCGGAUGUUCAAGUCCAAUGUUGAGGUUUUGAAUCCUUUGAACAAUCCGAUUUUGCAAGAUCCCGAUGGAGCUGGAUUGACAGGGUUGACAAGAGGCGAUAAGUUAUACCUCAAGGGUAUCCUUAGCGAGUUUAAACAAACGCCAUUCUUGAUAAAGAAGCCGCUGACGACCUCCGAGUCCGAAAUUGAGCUUCGAGGAAAGAAAGGAAACGAUGAGGGUAAGGAACAGAGGAUUGUGGAGAGAAAGACAUUAGGUAGUGAUCAUAUCAAAAUGGUGAGGAAGAAUGAGGGUUUGGAGAAAGCUUAUUAUGCUGAUGGGAAGAGGUGGGGUUAUUUCCCGGGAUUGGAUGGAAGUCUAUCUUUUGGGAAUUUUAUGGAUGCAUUCUUCAGAAGGGGGAGGUGUAAAACGAGGAUUUUCAUGGUGUGGAAUUCGCCGGCUUGGAUGUUUGGUGUUCGGCAGCAGAGGGGACUGGAGAGUGUUCUAUAUCAUCAGAGGGACGCCUGCGUGGUGGUAUUUUCCGAGACUAUGCAGCUUAAUUUCUUCGAUGGGUUUGUAAAAGAUGGGUACAAAGUAGCUAUUGUCAUGCCAAAUCUUGAUGAGCUGCUGAAAGACACACCGACACACGUAUUUUCUUCUGUCUGGCAUGAAUGGAAGCAGACAAAACAUUAUCCUACGCACUACAGUGAACUUAUUCGGCUUGCGGCUCUUUACAAAUAUGGUGGAAUCUAUCUGGAUUCUGAUGUUAUUGUGUUGAAGCCGCUACCUCAGCUAAAUAAUACCGUCGGAUAUCAGGACAAUCUUGCUGGAGAAACUUUGAACGGAGCUGUAAUGGCAUUUGACAAGUACAGGUACCUUAAAAGUUUUAUAGGUAUGUACAAAACACUUCGGCCGGAGGUUUACCCAGUGCGCACUUUCGGGUAGCGGCUGCGGGUUCCCACGUCAAAAAAAAAAAAAAAAAAGGUAUGUACAAAACACGUCCCGUAAGGAAUGGCCUGGUGGUGUAGGGGUUGGACUUGUGACCGUGAAGUCAUGGGUUCAAACCCCCGACGCCUCAGGUUACCUGCCACACAUGGUUCGCCCGGAAUGUUGUAAGAUGCUCAUCCCAUGCCUUGGUUAACUAAUGUUAACUAAUGUUGCACGUGCAAAUUGAACAUUAUUUGAAUUGCAUACAUGCUGAUGGAUUGUUGGAUAACGUCUUCAUACAACAUAAGAGACAGUUGUCUCCACAACAAUUUAAGCUUGCCUUUUGUUCUCAUUGGCCAGCAUUGUUGUGCUUGCAAAUUGCAAUGCAUAAUCUUUACUGACCAGUAAAUGGAGGGGAAAUCCGUUUUUUUUUUCUUUUUCUUUUUUGCUUUCGUACUUAAUACUCAGAAGUUUAAAUCAAUACUUUAUGUUAUAUAGGAUGAUCUGGUAGAAUAUCCUUCUGCACAAUAGGAUGCUGGAUGCAUGAUAUAAAUUCUAAGAUGUACAAUUAUAUUUUUUAAAAUAUUGCGGAAGCCUCUUAUUGAUACAUCAAUGGGUGGAUAGUCCUAUAAUCCUAUGGUUUAGACUUUUGUGUGGCUGAAAUAAUGUUAAGGCCAGCACCAGCGAAAUAAUUGUAUCCUGGUGAUGAUGAAAUCACGUGAUUUUGAACUGAAUAAUUCCUCCAUCGAAGCUGGUGAUGUCUUAUUCAAAUAGAACAGAAAGUUGGGAUUUAGUGUUCAAUGCUUGACUCUGUAUGAAGCACUCUAUUGGUUGAAUUAAAUGCAAACUGAAUGGAUUCAUAGUUUUUAUAUAUUUGACGAGAUCCAUACUUGCACAAACUUACAAUAGAACUAAAGCUAAUGAUUUAU